AUGAGGGAAGUAUUAGAGAGGCAUAACUUGCAGUCAAAGAACUUGGAGAAGCUUGAUCAGCCAUCUCUUGAGUUACAGCUGGUUGAGAACACCGAUCACGCCCGGAUGAGCAAAGAAAUUGCGGACAAGAGCCACCGACUAAGACAAAUGAGAGGAGAAGAGCUCCAAGGACUUAACAUUGAAGAGCUGCAACAGCUUGAAAAGGCCCUUGAAGCUGGUUUGACGCGUGUGAUUGAAACAAAGAGUGAGAAGAUUAUGAAUGAGAUCAGUGACCUUCAAAGAAAGGGAAUGCAAUUAAUGGAUGAGAACAAGCGGCUAAGGCAGCAAGGAACACAACUUACGGAAGAGAACGAGCGACUAGGCAAGCAGAUAUGUAAUAAUGUGCAUGAAAGAUACGGUGGUGUUGAAUCGGAGCACACUGCGGUGUACGAGGAAGGACACUCGUCGGAGUCCAUUACUAACGUCGGAAACUCCACCGGCGCUCCUGUUGACUCCGAGAGCUCCGAUACUUCCCUUAGACUCGGGUUAGCGUAUGGUGGUUAG